CAAAUAACUCUUCCGUCUUCCCUACAUUACCAUCAAUGGAGGAGGAAGACAGACACAAUCUUCAACCCCUCAUACCCUUCACCACCACAACCUCCUAUUCACACAACCCUCCUUAUGAUACCCCCAAAAACCCAAAACACUUCAAUUCCGACAACAACAUCAUUCUCCGAAUCCUCUUGGUUCUCACAGUAGCUAUCAUUUCAAUUUGGGCCAAUUACGAGGCCUCCAAAACCUUUGACAUAACCAUAGUAAACGACGCCUACGAUUCCCCCGCUGGGCGCCGUUUCGCUCUCUCCUAUGUCUCCAACGACAGAGCCACUCGCAUACUCCAAAACACAAGCUCCUUUGUCGAACACUUCCUUUACCCCAAUGAUAAUAAUAAAAAUAAUCACAACCCCAAGAAGCAUAUAGAUAGUGUCAUCCUUCGCCUCGCUCGACGGAAUCUCAACGCCACCGCCGUCUACGCUGCCGGGAACCACCACAACGAUGGUAGAAAAAAUUUCAAUUAUGUGAUUGAGAUUAGUCCUAUGUUACUUAAAGAUAAAAAUUAUAAUAAAGUCGCUAUAGUGGGUGCAAUCCUACGUGGCAUGGCUAAGGCGUGGCUAUUUGAUGCGGGGUCUAGGGCCCCACCAGGGCUUAUUGAUGGUAUGGCGGAGUACGUGGCAGAGUUGGCCGGGUUCCGCCGUGACAUGGUCGCCGGUGGCGGCGGUGGGUCGCCGGAGUGUGAGAGUCGUGGUGGUCGGUGGUGGGAAGAUAAUGAACCUAGACAUGUGGCACGUUGGUUGCAUUAUUGUGUAAAAUACAAGGAGGGGUUCAUCCAACGGUUGAAUGAAGCCAUGAGGGACACGUGGCAUGAUCGCAUGGUGGAUGAGGUGUUGGGGAUGCCAAUUAUGAAGCUUUGUGGUUUGUAUAAUAAUGCAUCUUGGGUUGGCUCAGAGUGA